AUGGUAAGUCCAAGAAUAUACGAAGCAGUUAAUGAAUUGUUGGAUUCAAAUUAUGCUACUCCUCAAUGGGAAAUAGAUAAAUACUUAAAGACUUUAUAUUCAAUAUCAAACAGACAUGGUAUACCUACAGAUCUUUUGCCAAAUCUUUUGAACUUUUUAUUUUACAAUACUGUUGUUUCAAUAAAUACAAGAUUAAAGAUCAUAAGAAGGAAUUUAUUACCAAAUGAUUACAUAUCAAAUGAAGUAUUUCAUUUUAUUAUUGUACGACUAGGUAAUGCGAAGGAUAAUAAUAUUGACAAAAAUAUUCAAUGUGCUAUUUGUAAGUGGUUAUUGAACGUUUACUUCUUAUUUCCUGAAAGAAUACUUGACUCUGAUAAAUCAAUAUUAAUAUAUUUGUGGAAGUAUGAAUAUUUACAAAGAUAUAUUACAUAUUUUAUUGUGUGGAGUACCAAUACAAAAUAUGAUAUUAAACUUUGGAAAUUAAAUAUGUUAGAUAAAGCUUCGAAAAAACCUGUUUAUUCAUCUUCAGAUAUUAAUCUGACAUUAAUACUAAAACGAUAUUUGACACUGUUAGGUAAAUCUGAGGUUUUAUCCAAUUUAUUACAAAAGAAAAUUAAUUCAGGUAGAUUACAAAAAUUACAAGAUUUACAAGCUUUAGAAUUUGAUGAUAAGUUUAGUAGUAAGCUAAUAAAUGUUCUCUCAAGGGAAAAUCCAAAUAAAUUUGGAAUUGAUAUAAUUAAGAAACACCAAAAUAUGUUAUUGGAUAUGUUAAAAGAUUCGGAGACACAUACAAACACUUUAAGAUAUGACAGAAGAAAAUUACGUAAUAGUUUGUCUCCAUUGUAUGAAGUGAAAAAUAUCUCACAACUUCAGAAAAAUUGGACAAAACUAAAAUUACCAAUUAAUGUAGAGACUCUUUUCAUGGCACCUCGUCAUAAUCCUGUGAUCCAAUUUUAUCCAAUGGUUGUAGUAAAUAACCCGAAAUAUAAUUCUAAAAAGGAACAGAAAAUGAGUAGAGUUCAAUAUUUGUAUUCUCUUAAUUCUUGGGUUGAAGUUAAUUUGAAAAGAUGCUUUAAUGAUAUAACAAUGUUGGAUGAGGAGAAGACUCCAAUAAUUAAGACUAUAAUAUUUAAUUGCCAAAUUUUUGAUGAUUUGCAAAUGACAGCAAUUGAUACAUUUUUAACGUUAGAGAAUUUACUAUCUAAUGAGAAUAUUGUAAUAAUAUUAAUAAUGUCACUGUUUCCCAUAUUAAAACCUCCAAUCAAUAAUUUUCUAGACUUUAGAAAUAAAAUACUGAAAUUUUUAGCAAUUUGUCAUUUAACAUAUAAUGAUCAAAGAAAUAAAAAUGGGAAUAGUAAAGUAUUUCCUCUUAUCUGUAGUGCACUUCUUUCUAUGACACAGAAUUGGUUUCUUACAUAUCCCAAUGAUCACAAGAUUACUGAUUUUGCAUUUAUAUUAUUGGCUGAUAUAAGAAAACUAAUACUUGCAAACAUGAAAUAUUCCAUAGAAGAUCGAUUCUUAUCAAUGACAUUAAUUAAAUUAGUAACUAAUUUAACUGAGAUUACACCUAUGUAUAAGACAAUAUCUUCUGGUACAGCUCUACAUUUUGAUAAACUAGUAUUAAAUAGAGACACAAUUCACAAAAUGGUAUUAUUGGAUGACCCUUUGAUAUUAAAUGCGUGUUGUAAAUAUUUAAUUAAAAUGACGGAUGUUUUGAUCAAUCAUCCUCAAUCUGGUAAAUUUAUUGAAUUACAAAAUCAAUAUAUUUUAGAUAUCACGAACUAUCUUUGGAGAAAUAAAAUAAUGGAAAAACGUAAACUUUUUAAUAUUCCUACUGAAUUUCUGAAGCAGAUUUUAGAUAAUUGUUUUUUCCCUGGCGUUAAGAAUAAAGAUAAAGCUGUUUUUACAAUCACUGGUAUUCCGGCUAUGUCAUUUAUAUCGAUUAAAGCACUAGAAGUAAUAGAAAAGAAGGAGUACGUUAAAUAUCAUUAUGAUAGGUUAUUAACAGAAGAAGAUUUUGCAUUAUUUAAAAAAUAUAUUACAGAAACAAACAUUGAAUGGAUGUCAAAUGAGAUUGAUCUAGUUUCAUUGAAGAUUUCAAUUUUAAAAGAAAUAUUCAAUAUGCAACCUUAUAAUGAAAUUGCAAAAUUUUUAUUCGCAUUUUUAAAGAGUCUUUCAAAGUAUAAUCAUGCAGACAAAUAA